UCCACAGAUAUUGACAGAAGAUGCCCGGGGAUUUGAACUUGAAGAAGUCAUGGAAUCCAGCCUUGAUUAAAAACCAAAAGAAAUUAUGGAAUGAAGAACAAAAACAAUUAGAAGAGUUUAAAAAAUUAAAACAACGGGAAAAAGAAUUAAACGAAGAAAAGGAAAAAUUCGAAUACUUAAAAUUACAAUAUGGCGAUGAUCUAUCUAACUUAUCAAAAGACCAUAAACUAACCCUUAACAAGAUGUCUUGGAUGUACGAAGGAUCCAGUGAUAAGGGAAAGAAAAAUGAUGCUGGUUUUAUUGAAAAAGAUGAUGAAUUCUUAUUAAAUAAGAAAAAAGUUGAAAAUAUGUUGAAUAAUAACUCUGGUGUUGAGUUAAAAUUAGAUGAAAAGAGUAACUUCAAUAAGAUUAUUAAACCCACUAAUAAAAAAUCAAUUAUUUCUGAUGACCCUUUACUUAAAAUCAAAUCUGAACAACGAAAAAUUGCAAAACCUAGAAAACAUAAACAUAAAUCAAAACACUAGUUUACAUAAACAUAAAUCAAAACACUAGUUUACAUUGCAU